ACUCGCUCUACCGAUCAAAGCUUUGAGAUCACACCCUUUCGCUCUCCCUCUCUCUCUCUCUUUCACACACAUAUAUUUGUAAUUUUAUAUCUUGAGUUCAGAGAGAUCAAUCAUGGCUGCAACAUCACAAUCUUCUCAGUUAAUACAGCCACUGACCUAUGGAAAGAUGGUUACCAUUCUGAGCAUAGACGGUGGUGGAGUCAGAGGAAUCAUCCCAGGGACAAUCCUCAACUUCCUUGAAGCACAGCUUCAAGAAUUAGAUGGCGAGAAUGCAAGGAUUGCUGAUUAUUUCGACGUAAUAGCAGGGACAAGCACGGGAGGUCUCGUGGCCGCCAUGAUUGUGGCGCCUGGUGCAGACAACCGACCUCUCUAUGCAGCUAAGGAUAUAGUCCCCUUCUAUCUGGAGAACUGCCCCAAGAUAUUCCCUCAAUCAAACGGCCCGUUGAGCAAGGAGAAGGAGCUCAUAAGUGCAUUUGCCGGACCAAAAUAUGACGGUAGAUAUCUCCACAAGCUCAUCAAAGACAAACUUGAAGACACCAAGUUGAAUCAAACACUGACAAAUGUGGUCAUCCCAACAUUCGACAUCAAACUUCUUCAGCCUACAAUUUUUUCAUCUUGUCGGCUCAAAGAUGAUCCUGCUAAAGAUGCACUGCUAUCGGACAUAUGCAUCGGCACGUCUGCUGCCCCCACGUACCUUCCUGCAUACGAAUUUGAAACCAAAGAUGAAAAGGGGGAGACUCUUAGGAGCUUCAACCUUGUUGAUGGUGGUGUCGCUGCUAAUAAUCCUACAUUGGUGGCUGUGAGUGAGGUCUCGCGGGAGAUCUUCCAACAAAACCCAAAUUUUUUCCCUGUUAAACCUACAGACUAUGGAAAGUUUCUGGUCAUCUCACUCGGGACAGGUGCUGCAAAGAAGGAGGGAAAAUACAGUGCAGAGUCAGCUGCAAAAUGGGGUGUCCUGGGAUGGCUGUUGAACGGUCAGAGCAGCCCACUGAUCGACACAUUCACUCAUGCCAGCAACGACAUGGUAGAUUUCCAUCUCUCCGUAGUCUUCCAAGCACUCAAUUCCGAGAAAAACUACUUGCGAAUCCAGGAUGAUACUUUGAGUGGUGAUACUUCAUCGGUUGAUAUUUCCACCAAGGAAAACCUAGAAAACUUGGUGAAAGUUGGUGAAGCCCUCUUAGAAAAACCAGUUUCACGUGUGAACUUGGAGACUGGUGUGUUCGAGCCCACUUUGGAUGAGGGCACCAACAAAGACGCAAUCAUCAGGUUUGCAAAAUUGCUGUCUGAAGAAAGGAGGAUUCGACAACAGGGAUCCCCUAAGUCUGUCAACUAA